GUGACGGUUUGGUCUGCCCUGCAAUUCCGCUGCCCGUCAGUGAAGAUGGCAUUAAAGUUUGAAGCGUCCUGUCCGCAGGGCCUGUGUCCCGGAUGGAGUUUGAUCAUAAAGGGAGAGACAGGUUCCGCUGAGAAUGACUUUGAAAUCAACUUCCUCACAGACUCGGGGGACCAGAUUGCUUUCCAUUUUAAUCCUCGUUUUUCUGAGGGCAGCAUUAUCUGCAAUUCAUUCUUAUCAAGCCACUGGGGACAAGAGGAGCGCACAGAUACUUUCCCCAUGGAAGCAAAUGAGCCUUUCCAGAUUGAAAUCUACUCCGACAGAGAGAACUUCCAGGUUUACGUAGAUGACAGUAAGAUCAUCCAGUAUCGGCACCGCAUGAAGCAGUUUAACGCCAUAACCAAACUGCAGAUUCUCAAUGACAUCCAUAUCUCCUCCGUGGAGAUCGCAAGACGAGAGCUGUAUGAGUAG